GGUAACAUGACCGGAACAAAACAGACGUACAUCCGGUUUCAGCACGUUGCUUUUUUCCUUAUUACCAACAAACCUAAGCUGUGUUCUGUAAAAACAGAAACAAUUCACCAACAUGCCGAAAGCUAAGAAGUCAUCGAAGAGAAAGAAGUUUGACUACAAUCAAGACCGGAAGAAGAUGAAGAAACGGUCCAACAAAAAAUACAACCCCAGGAUAGAAAAUUCACAGAUUCGAAAUGCGUGGGACAACAAAAAGUCCACGGCCAAGAACCUGCAGGAGAUGGGUCUGGCUUUUGAUCCAAACCGCACGAUGCCAAUACAGAAAAACAGCCUCCUCGGUCCGGAUAAACCAACCAAAGCUCCCUCCUGCAUCGUGAUCAAGCCCUACGUAGUCAACCAGCUGCAGGAAGAGGCCAACCGUCCAGAGAAAGACGGCAAGACGCUGUCCUCUGACCUGAUCGAGUACGUUCAGUACAUGAUCCGAGAGCACAACGACGACUUCAAGGCGAUGGCCCGGGACGAGAAGAACUACUACCAGGACACGCCCAAACAGAUCAAGAGGAAGAUUAGCGAGUACAUGCGCUGCCACACCGACCACUACGACGCCUUCAUGGACUCGCUCGCCGCUCCGUAGCGGCGCUCCGGGGGAAAGCGGCGCCCGCUGCUGCCGAGCCGGUUCUGGACUCCCAUUCUCUCCCCCCCCCCGCGUGUCAGGAUGUCGUCGUAGUGCGAGAGGGACACACGUCCAGCGUGAGGGAUGUAGCCGAUGUCCACGAGCACCGAGGGGGACGAGCAGCAGCACUCGGGACCUAAAAGGAGUUCCUGUUUUAAUGAAUUUGUGUGUGCGCGUGUUUUUUUAUUUUUUUGUGUUGAUGGGAGAGGAAUCUGGCAUGUUUUGAACUGGACUCGAGAUGCGUGCAGCUUCAAGUGUUAGAAUGAGCGGAGUUUGAAAUGUCUGUUAACCAAUUGACUUCCAUUGAAUUUGUCACAGUCGUUAUUCUGGACUUUAUUGCGUCUUACUUUGUGGAAGAAUUUAAAUGUCCUGCAACCACUUCUCAAAAACAGUCUUGGCAAGGGCCUAAAAGAGUUAUAUUUAAGGUCACAACACCAAGUGACAUUCAAUAAACCCAAACUUUUCUACA